GGAUUUUAUUGGUUCCAUCAAACAAACAUAGAUUUGAGUCAAUUGAUGCUUUUUUACAAUCAAUAAAAAAGCCAUUACACAUACAAUCAUGUGUGUCCGUUUUUAUGUUGCAUGACAUUUUUCAUGGUUUCCUCUUCCUUUGACUGUGUUUUAUGAUGAGGAGCCCCCAGUGGUGGAGCUCACACAACUUUUCCGUGGGAAAAAAAAAGAAAAAACAAAGUGACUGCCCACUCGUGAAUUUGCAUAAGAAGCCCCACACUGCUCCCUUCAUGCAAAUGAGCGUCAACAAUGAACUUACUAAAUGUCAGCACUUGAAGAACCCCGACCUCCUCAUUAUUCCCCACCCUGAAGUUCAUUGUGAAGCGACAUUGUUUCUUUAAGAUCGCACUUGCAGUCAUCGGCAGCUCUGUCCAUUGUUUGGAUGGUCGGGGUUGGAGUGGGGGGGCAGAUUGAUAUACAGGGGGCCGAAGGCACAGAGGCGCAUAUCAUCAGCGGACCAGCUGCGGUGCAAAAGCGCGAGUCCUGAACGCAUCAUCCAGACAUGGGUUGCUAUGAUUGCUGUAUGCGCUGUUUGGGUGGGGUUCCAUAUUGCUCCCUAGUCGCUACAUUGCUGUGUUUCUCUGGCAUCGCCCUCUUCUGUGGUUGCGGACAUCAGGCACUUACAGAGACGGAGAGAAUCAUUGAGACUUACUUUGCCCGUAACCUUCAAGACUACAUCACUCUAGCCUACAUCAUUCAGUAUUUCCAGUAUGUCAUCUACGGUUUGGCCUCGUUUUUCUUCCUCUACUGCAUCGUGCUGCUGGCUGAGGGUUUCUACACUACAAGUGCUGCCAAGCAAACCUUUGGAGAGUUCAGGAGCACCAUGUGCGGCCGCUGCCUCAGCUCCUCGUUCAUAGUGAUGACAUAUGUACUUGCCGUGCUGUGGCUGCUGGUGUUCGCUCUCUCUGCCUUGCCGGUCUACUUCUUCUACAACAUGGAUGCAACGUGCCACACCAUCGACGUUCUGACCGAGACCCCGGCGAGUAUCAACCAGCUCUGUGUUGAUGCAAGGCAAUACGGCCUCCUGCCUUGGAACGCAGUACCAGGGAAAGCUUGUGGGAUGACCCUGUCUAAUGUUUGCAAAACCAGAGAGUAUCAAAUGACCUAUAACCUGUACAUUGCUGCCUUCGCCGGUGCGGGCAUCACUCUCUUGGCUCUGCUGACCUAUACUGUGUCUACCACCUAUAACUUUGCGGUUCUGCGGUAUCUUGGGAGAAAGGGGAUAGGUGCACGGUGUUAGGAACCCAGUUUCGUCUCUUCCCCGCCUCCACCUUGGGAUCUAAAGGAAUGGAAACACAUCUGUCCUUUUUCUUCCGCCUGUGGACUUUAUGAAAAAAAAACAACUUGUUUUUAUACUUUGACUUUCUGUAAAGAUGAUAUUUUUCUGUUGGUUUAAUGUGAGAAAUUGCUUGGAGGUACAGGAGGGCUCAUUUUCCUAUCAUCAAUGGUAAUUACUGUCUUGUUCACUACUGGGAAUAGUCUCUACAUUUUAAUUUUUGCUGCCCAAAGACCAAAUAACAUGCCUCUAACAAAUUAACAUAUAAUAAUUAGAUGCGACAUAUGCAAGUAGAUUGCAGCUGUUAUGGAGAAUAGAAAGAGGGGGGGUUACCACGGCGACGAGCCCUCACAUCUGGUUACCAUGGAGGCGUAGAAGCAUGCUUUUGCAGUCUCAUGCUGACCCCAGGACUUUUCUCACGGGCUCGAGAAAACCCCGAACAAUGAAGUCAUGCUUGAUUCAAAAGCUGGCCAAUAAGGAGUUGGCUCUGGGGGGGCCACCUGCUCCAUGAACUCCUGUCAAAGGAUUGUAUUACAUGCCGAGAAGGAGGGGGCUUUUAGGGAUAAAGUUGGUCCUCCGUGACCAUUAUCCCACACACACGACCCCUGGAAUAAAGCUAAACUCUGAGAGAUCUAAAGUCAUCUCAUAAUGUAGAGAUGGCAGGAACACUACCUAAAUAUGAAGUAUUUUAGACCAAAAAUGGGAUGCUCCAGUUGGCCAUUUCAUUAAUCUGUGAUUGAGUUUCUAGAAAAAAAAUAGCUUUUUCUUAAAUAAUUCUUCAAGAAUUUGUUUGUAGUUAUUGUAUAACACGUUUUCCUUAUUUGCUGCUGAUUCACUAAUUUUUUUUUAGAUUGACUUUUGUAAAGUAGGAAGUAUUUUUGUGAAGCAAUACUUGGCUGUAUGAGGUGGAAUUGUCAGGUGAUGGCUGGUAGGUGUUUUUACUUUCUUUUUUGUCAUUUUUCAAAAUAAAAUGAAUGCUUUGAAGAGUU